AUGGGGGAUUUCGUGUCUCUUAAGGUUUCUUCAUGGAAGAAGAUACUAUGGUUCGGUCGUAAGGGCAAGUUGAGCUUUAGAUUUAUUGGGUCAUAUCAAAUUCUGAAACAAGUGGGACUAGUUGCUUAUCAGUUGGAGCUACCUCCGGAGUUGGAUCGUAUCCACGACGUUUUCCAUAUCUCGAUGUUGAGGCAGUACCGGUCUGAUCCUUCCCACAUCGUCACUGCUAAGGUAAUCGAGGUUAGACCAGACUUGACUUUCGAGGAGGAGCCAGUUCAGAUUUUGGAUCGUGAUGUUAGGGUUCUGAGGUGGAAGUCCAUUCCGUUAGUGAAGGUGCUAUGGUGGAAUCAUACAAUUGAGGAGGCCAUGUGGGAAAUUGAGGAUUCGAUGCGUCAAUAG